AGAAAGUCUUCAUCUUGACAUGAUAUUUACAUAUUUUGAUCAAAUUUAGUGCAAAGUAAACAUCACAUAAAGAAGAUGGAGAAAAUAUACGUAGCAGUUGGAAAUGAUGUACAAGAAGGCCUUGCAACGCUUGAAUGGACACUUAGAAAAUGGUCUUCUCAUCAAAUUUCAAUUGUUAUCCUUCAUGCAGAUAUAAAUAGAGACUAUGUUUACACUUAUUAUGGAAAGCUUCCUGCAAGUUAUGUCAAUGAUGAGAGUGUUAACUCUCUUUAUAGAUAUGAGCAAGGGAAACUCAACAAGAUUCUAGAUCAAUACAUAGCCUUUUGUGGCAAGGUGAAAACAGAAACUCUAAAUAUUGAAAAAUAUGAUGAACCGAUACACAAGAGAAUUCUGCAAUUGAUAAGAGGUCUUCGAAUACAAAAACUAGUGAUCGGAAUUUCAUUCUUGAAAUCAUCAUUGAAAUAUGGAAGUCUAAUGAAGCAUAUUCAACGAAAGAAGCCAGAUUUCUGUGAAAUCUUUUUGACAAGUGGAGGGAAAUUGUUCUUCUUGAAAGAGGAAAACAAUGAGGGGUUCAUAGAAGAUGAUCAAGGUGAAAUGGUGGCAAAAUUAAACAAAAAGAAGGGUAGUUUUCGACAUUGGAUUGUCAAAAUGUUUCCAGAAAAUCCAAAAAGUCCUCUUAGUUCGCCUUCUUCUUCAACAAGCACAAAUUCGCCUCUGCUUUGGGAGAACUGCGCGGAAGAGAUUGAAACGUACUUCAAUCAGUUGAUGGAUUCAAAUGCAGAUGAAGAAGAACUAGAACCUAUGCAAGUUUCAACAGAACCAGACAUUCCUAUACAUUUGGAUCCAGUUCAGAAAACUGAAUUCUUGAGAAUCAAAAUAGGUGAAGCAAGAGACAGUAUUCAUUUGAAGAGAAGUGAAGCUAAAGAAAGUGCCACAAAAUAUUCGAAAGCAGAGUGGGCAAUUAAUCUGUGUAAUUCAAGGGCUGCUGAUGUUGAAGCUCGAUUGAAUGAAGAAAUCCUGAAACGAGGGGAUUUAGAGAAGGAUCUUGACUGCUUAACAGAAAAGCUUACUGAAAAUAGAACUAUACUUGAGCAGAAUACAAACAAGCUCAGUUCAACUCUUGAAAUCCAGAAGGAACUAUCGAAAAAACUUAAAUCGUCCACAUUGGCAAAAUCACGAUCUGAAGAACAAUUAAGCAAGAUAAUACGCAAAAGAGGUGGCAUGAUUCAAGAGAUUGAGAAAUUAAGGAAACAAAAAGAUGUUAUGCAGCGGAGAAUAGAGUUCUGCAGAGAUAAAGAUGCUAUCGAAAUGGUCACAAGAUUGAAUGAUUUAGACUUCUCUUAUAAAGAAUAUACUGCUCAGGAGAUUAGAACAGGCACCGAAAACUUCUCAGAGAACUUUAGAAUAAAAUGUUUGGGUGAUAUCACAAACGUGUACAGUGCUCGAAUCAACCAUACCACAGUUGCUGUCAAGUUGUAUGAUUUUAACAAACGAGUCUCGGAAGAGGAAUUUGACAGUAAGGUGAAGGUUUUAUGUAGCUUAAAACAUCCACAUUUGGUGGCCAUGCUCGGGGUCUGCAAAGAGCUAAAAUGUGUAGUCUUUGAGUAUAUGCACCGUCACUGCUUAAGAAAUGUGUUUUUCUCAAGUAGUAGGAAAAUUCAAGACAUAAACUGGCAUGUAAGAGUCUGUAUUGCAACCGAAGUUUGUUCAGGCCUAACCUUUCUCCAUCUAACCAAGCCCAGACCCGUGGUUCAUGGCAACUUGAGCCUAGCCAACGUCCUUUUGGACCGUAAUAAUGUUGCAAAAUUACACGGGUUUAGGCUAGACUUUUCACAUGAUGAAUCUGAUAUUAGGUCUGAUAUUCAAGAUUUUGGGCAUUUGGUGUUACAGCUUCUGUCUGGGAGAAAUUGCAUUGAUAAUCUAGAUGAUGUUUUCGAACAGAGGGUUGAGGAAUGGCCAUUAGAAGUGGGUAGGGAGCUUGGUAGAAUAGCAAUGAAGUGUUUAGCUAAAAAGAGUGACGAAGGGGAGUAUACGAGUAUGACAAUGGUGAUGAAAGAGAUUGAAGAGGUCAAAAAGAAGGCAGAUGAUUUAGCAGCAGGUGUUGGAUGUUCAGGAAAUGAGUUUGACAUGGAUUUGGACGAUCAAACCAGCAUACCAUCCUUCUUCUUUUGCCCGAUAUUAAAGGAUAUAAUGGAGAACCCACACAUAGCUUCAGAUGGGUUUUCAUAUGAGCUCAGUGCCAUAAAGCAGUGGCUAGAUAUGGGGCAUAAUACAUCACCAAUGACGAAUUUAGAAUUAGAACACCGACUUACUCCUAAUCACAUCCUGCGUUCCGUGAUUCAAGAUUGGCACAACAAAAGAUCCAUUCCUCUGUCAUAAACCAUGUGUAACUAUACAUUGUGUUCAUUAAUUGAAUUGAAAAACAGAUUAAUGGAGAUUUUUGAUGUUCUAUAUAUGAAGUAGCAUGAUACACAAUCAAUCGUAA